AUGUCAACUCAAGAGGUUCCUACUUUUAAAUUGGUUUUAGUCGGAGAUGGUGGUACUGGUAAAACUACUUUUGUCAAGAGACACUUAACCGGAGAGUUUGAAAAAAAAUACAUUGCUACUUUAGGUGUCGAAGUUCAUCCAUUAGGGUUCCACACUAAUUUCGGUGAGUUGAAAUUCGAUGUUUGGGAUACUGCAGGUCAAGAAAAAUUCGGUGGGUUGAGAGAUGGUUACUAUAUUAAUGGUCAAUGUGGUAUUAUUAUGUUUGAUGUCACUUCAAGAAUUACUUAUAAGAAUGUUCCAAACUGGCAUAGAGAUUUGGUUAGAGUUUGUGAAAACAUCCCCAUCGUGUUAUGUGGUAACAAGGUAGACGUCAAAGAGCGUAAAGUCAAGGCUAAAAUGAUUGUUUUCCAUAGAAAGAAGAAUUUACAAUAUUACGAUAUCUCAGCUAAAUCAAAUUACAAUUUUGAAAAACCAUUUUUAUGGUUGGCUAGAAAAUUGGUGGGAAACCCACAAUUGGAAUUCGUUGCUUCUCCAGCUUUGGCACCACCUGAAGUUCAAGUCGACUCUGAUUUGAUGCAAAAAUACCAACAAGAAAUGGAGCAAGCUACUGCUUUGCCAUUGCCCGAUGAGGAUGAUGCUGAUUUGUAA